AUGGAAAACACAACCAGCAACAUCGACGAAAUUCCCGGUGGUGAGGCGGAUAAGACGCCAACACCCCCAGUCACCGUCCAACCUCAAUUGCUUUCGCAUUAUGCCCUUAAUGGCAGUACGAACCUUGAAAUUACAAUUGACUUCCGACGCAAUCAACCCCACUCUGUCAUCUCAGCAAUGUUAAACCCAUCAAGUUGUCUGCUAGAUUGCAGCCUAUUCGAUGUCCUGGUACCCUACAAGAACGUCUCCAGGAAUGUCGUCGUCAAUAUGAUCUUCCGGAGCGCAACCGAGGAGCCACCGAUCCUUAAAUUAGAACAAAGAUUGUUUAUUGAACGGCUCGCCGGAACUCUUAAAACAUUCUCGAAUUUGGGAGUUUUUAUGGUAGGGUUUGAUGUAGUGAGGGAUAACAAUGACUUAGGCAAGUAUUAUACCUGCUUCGACAGUAAGAAAUUUCCGGUCAUAGACUAUUACGUUCGUUUCAUGAACGAUGAUGAGCCUGAGUGGACGCAGCUUGCUGUGCCUGUCAAGCCAGCUAGCGUAGAAGCUGAAGUUGUGGAGCAGAAGUGA